AUGCAAGGAGCCUUAAAACCAAAAGAUAAAGAGGUAAAGAUUUCUGACAUUCCCUUUCCUAAUGCUUACUUUAGAGUUAAACCCACCAGUGUUGUGUUAUGGUUAGCUAAUAGGUCUAUUAGGCACCUUGAUGGUAUCUUAGAGGACAUAUUGGUUAAAGUGAAAGACCUUGUUUUCCCAGCUGAUUUUUAUGUCCUAGAUGUGUCUAAUGAGUUAGUCAGUGAGUCCACUCUCAUCCUAGGUAGGCCCUUCCUUAGAACGGCAAAUACCAUUAUUGAUAUGAAAGAAGGUGCCAUAACCAUGGAAGUUGGGAAUCAUAAGAUAUGCUUUAACAUGUAUGAAGCCAUGAAACACCCCUAUAAGGAUUACUCUUUGUUAGGUGUUAAUGCUAUUGAUUUGGCCAUUAAAAAGGCAAGGGAUGAUUUUGAAUUGAAUUUGCAUGAUGAUAACUACUUGCCUAUGCCUGUUAAACAUGAUUCUUUUGAGCUUGAUGAUGCCAUGUCUGCUUAUGAUGAGUAUUUCUUCUCUCUUCCUUCUAUAUACUCUCUUUUUGAUACUUGUGAUAGCGAUAUGAUAUAUUCUGAUUUUGAGAUUAGCAGUACCCUCUCUACUUCACAGGUUUAUACAUUUUCUCUUUGUGAUACUGACUCUACUUUUGCAAGUGACCUUAGUUUGGGAAAGGAUUUGCUUCUUGAAUGUGCAGAUACUUUUAUCAACAUGGAAUCUGAGAUUGUAGCUAAAACUAAUGAUGUUGGCUUAACAAAGAGGCCAAUUUCAUCUAGCUCCCCUGUACAUGUUUUUUAUCAGCAACCAAGGCAAUCUUUACCUGAGGAUAAAGGGCAUUAUGAGAACAAUUCACUUACACUUUCUAAUCACUCUAUUAUUUCUCCUCAUACUUUGAAAUACUUGCAAGAUCUUGUUUCUAGUUGUAAUGUAAGUGUGAAGGAUGAAAACCCCACGUUUGUUGCUGCUAUAGGUCAACCUGAAGUUGACUCAACACUUGGGAAGGCUAAUGAACAAAAGGUAGUAGCUAAGAAGAGUAGGUUGACUAUAGUUAAAAAUGACAAUGAUGAGUUAAUCCCCACUAGGGUUCAGAAUUCAUGGCGGGUAUGCAUUGAUUACAGGAAGCUUAAUGAAGCCACUAGGAAGAACCAUUUCCCGUUGCCUUUUAUUGAUAAGAUGUUAGAGAGAUUAGCAGGAAAGAGUCAUUACUGCUUUUUAGAUGGGUUGUCCGGAUACUUUCAAAUCCCUAUAGCUUCUGAGGAUCAAGAGAAGACCACCUUUACUUGCUCAUUCAGUACUUUUGCUUAUAGGAGGAUGCCUUUUGGUCUUUGUAAUGCUCCGGUCUAUGGUGAGUCAUUUGAUGCUUGCUUAUCUAGUCUUGAUCAGAUCUUAACUCGAUGCAUUGAGAAGAAGUUUGUUUUGAACAAUGAGAAAUGUCAUUUUAUGCAUGCAUUUGAUGAACUGAGACAUAGACUGAUUACUUCUCCUAUUCUGACUAUCCCUAAUUGGGAACUUGCUUUUGAACUGUCUUAUGAUGCUUCUAAUGGUGCUGUUGGAGUAAUACUUGGCCAAAGAGAUGGUAAGGUCUCCAAGGUCAUUGCUUAUGCAUCAAAAACUUUGGAUGCUGCUCAAUGUAAUUAUACAACCAUUGAGAAAGAGUUGUUUGCCAUUGUGUUUGCUUUGGAUAAAUUUAGGCCCUAUUUGAUCAACUCUAAGGUUGUAGUAUUCACAGAUCAUGCAGCUGUUAGGUAUUUGUUUAAAAAGCCACAGUCUAAGCCUCGAUUGCUUCGUUGGGCUCUACUUAUGCAAGAAUUCAACAUUGAGAUCAAGGAUCGAGUUGGAGCAGAGAAUCAUGUUGCAGAUCAUCUCAGUCAACUUCCUAGCAAUACGAGGGGAGUAGAUGAUUCCAAUUUAGUUUGUGAUGAUUUUCCUGAUGUUGCUCUUAGUACUGUGGGUUUGAAAGAACCCUGGUUUGCUGACUUGGUUAAUUAUUUGACAAAUGGGCAAGUAGAAGUUUCUAACAGAGAAAUCAAGCAGAUCUUAGAAAAGAUAGUGAAGCCUUCGAGAAAGGAAUUGGAGCUUGAGGUUGGAAGAAGCACUCUGGGCAUAUAG